GGGAAGCCCGGCCCCGUCCCGGGGGUAUUUAAGGCCACUGCCCCUGGGGUUGCCCUGGGUCCGGUACGAUGGCCGAGGAGGCGAUGGCGAGCUAUCUCUACGCCGCUUACCACCCCUACUCCUACCGCUACCCACCGCCCAAGGGCAAGGCAGGGGCAGCGGGCUGCUGGCGGCCGCGGGGCAGCAGCAGCAGCUACUUCUCGGGCUACGGGGAGGCGGCCGCCGAGUACUUCGACGACUACCAGCGGGCGCAGCUGAAGGCCAUCCUGUCCCAGGUCAACCCCAACCUGACGCCGCGGCUCCGCAAGGCCAACACCAAGGAGGUGGGCGUCCAGGUGAACCCACGGCAAGACGCCUCGGUGCAGUGCUCGCUCGGGCCCCGCACGCUGCUGCGCCGCCGCCCCGGCCCCGCCGCGCCGCGGUCCCAUGAGGCGGAGCGAGAGCAGGAGCUGGGCAGCCCCGCCACCACCAACACCCGCGCCGUGCGCUUCCCCCGCACCAUUGCCGUCUACUCGCCCGUGGCGUCCCGCAGACUCACCGCUUUCCUGGACGAGCCGAGCCUGGAACCGGAGCAGCGGCCGCAGCAGGAGGACAAGGCGGCGGCCGUCGAAGAGGAGCCGGCCGCGCUGCGGGAGCAGCGGGCGGCGGAGGCGGCGGCGGAGGCGGCUGCCGUGAGGGCGAGCUGGGAGAAGCCCCCCGAGGUUGGCGCCGAGCCGCUGGGACAGCGCUCGGCCGAGCCACUCGGUCAGCGCUCGGCUGCUCCUCCGGAGCCGGCGACGGAGGCAAGCCAGGAGAAGCUGGCAGAGCCGUCAGCUCAGGGAGAGCCGUCAGCCCAGGCAGUGGCGGCAGAGCCGGCAGCCCAGCCGGCAGAGCCGUCAGCUCAGGCAGAGCCGGCAGAGCCGCCGGCCUCACCCCAGAAGCAGCAGUUGUCGGCGGGCAAGACCCGCCUGCGCUUCCAGUUCCUGGAGCAGAAGUACGGGUACUACCACUGCAAGGCCUGCAACAUCCGCUGGGAGAGCGCCUACGUCUGGUGCGUCCAGGGCACCAACAAGGUCUAUUUCCGUCAGUUCUGCCGGACCUGCCAGAAGUCCUACAACCCGUACCGUGUGGAGGACAUCACCUGCCAGAGCUGCAAGCAGACGCGGUGCACCUGCCCCGUGAAGAUGCGCCACGUGGAUCCCAAGAGGCCCCACCGCCAGGACCUCUGUGGGAGAUGCAAAGGGAAACGCCUCUCCUGCGAUAGCACAUUCAGUUUCAAAUACAUCAUCUGAGUGGGAUGGGGUUCUUUUUUUUUUGUUAAGGGCUCUUCAAGAAAACUGCAAGUAGAGCAGA